CUUUGAUUCAUAAUUGAUAGUAUCUACAGACCGUCAUUACACAUUAUGAAAUACAACACAUGCACGGGGAUAAUUAAGGUGAUUUGAAUAAGCCUUUAAUUGCCAGUUUUGAUAAAUGUGUGAGAAAUUAAUAUUUUAAUGCUUAAUUUGCGGUAACGCCUAAUCUAUAAAGGUUGUUAGCAGUAUCUUAUAGACACACUUUGCCAUUGGAUCCUUAAUCAUGUGGUGGACUAUACGUUUUUUAAUCGCCUUGUUUUAUUUUCACAAUGCCUAUGCGUUGAAGAAACAAUUCUGUGGACCUACAGACAAUGAAUGCCUAACGAAAUCAAUAAAGGAACAUGUAUACAAGAAGUUUGUGAGAGGUAUAGAUGGAGUGGAGUCUUCAGACCCUCUGUAUAUUAUGGACAAAAUUGAAAUUAAUAGAGCUAAUUUUAAAUACAUUCUUUAUAAGCCCAUAUUAUCAGGAAUGAGUAAAUGUAAUUUUAUGAAGUUAAGAUUGGCCCAUGAUGAAGUAUCUACAGUAACUUAUGAUCUAGAGUGUCCAAACUUGACUAUCAGAUCGGGUUAUGAAGUGAAAGGAACUAUUGACAGGAUCCAAGGAGAAGGAAAAGAUUUCUGUGAAAUUGCAUUCGAUAUUUACAACGUAAACAUUAGUGGGAAAUAUGAAAGAAUUAAGGGGAAUGAUGGGAAACUACAUUUCCAUUUACUGACACAUGCUUUAGAACUGGAUCAGAAUGCAAUAUCAACUGUCAAGUAUCGCAAUCUCUAUACUCAUCCCACUGAUAUGGGUGAUUAUUUUGGACAAUUAUUAGAGAAGCAGACACGAGAUAUUGUUAUGACGACAUUUCUAAACAAAUACGUCAGCAACCUUAAGGAUUUCCAGCGAAUUGUGCCCAUAGAAGAAAAACAUUUUAGAUACGUUCUCUGAUGAAUGAAUUUUGAGGAAAAAAUAUAACCUCGACAUAGCAUUAAAUUAAUACUUAUAAUGUAUCAUUUAAAUUAUCUUUUAUGCAAAUAAUGAUCAAAACGUGCAAAAAUUAAACAUUAUUUUUUUUUAUUGUUAUAAAACUACGAUUUUUUUUAAUUUUCAUGCCUAUUGUAAUAAAAAUCUAAAUAAAUGCCAAUUCUCGAAGAAAUAUUUGA